GCCGCGCCCCGCCCGCCGCCAACCAGUGGCCCGGCGCCUCGGGUUCGGCCCCGCCCUGCCCCUCUGAUUCGUUGCGGGGUCGCCCAAUCAGAACCCUACCAACCGGCCUGCGUUUCCGCCGAGCGGACCGGAAGCUGGGGCAGCUCCACUGGGUUGGCGGGGUCGCCGUGGCUGCUGACGGGUUCUGGCGCCGGUGCCGUCCCGCGUCUUCCCGGCCAGAGGAGUGCGCUGGACGAGGGGACGCAGAGUGCUGGCCCGGCGAUGCCUGAAAUCAGAGUCACCCCCUUGGGGGCUGGCCAGGAUGUGGGCCGCAGCUGUAUCUUGGUCUCCAUCGCGGGCAAGAAUGUCAUGUUGGACUGUGGCAUGCACAUGGGCUUCAAUGAUGACAGGCGCUUUCCUGACUUUUCCUAUAUUACCCAGAACGGCCGGCUGACCGACUUCUUGGACUGUGUGAUCAUCAGCCACUUCCACCUGGACCACUGUGGGGCGCUCCCCUACUUCAGUGAGAUGGUGGGCUACGACGGGCCCAUAUACAUGACCCACCCCACCCAGGCCAUCUGCCCCAUCCUGCUGGAGGACUACCGCAAGAUCGCUGUGGACAAGAAGGGCGAGGCCAACUUCUUCACUUCCCAGAUGAUCAAAGACUGCAUGAAGAAGGUGGUGGCUGUCCACCUGCACCAGACAGUCCAGGUGGAUGAUGAGCUGGAAAUCAAGGCGUACUAUGCAGGCCAUGUGCUGGGGGCUGCCAUGUUCCAGAUUAAAGUGGGCUCAGAGUCUGUGGUCUACACGGGUGAUUAUAACAUGACCCCAGACAGGCACUUGGGAGCUGCUUGGAUUGAUAAGUGUCGCCCCAACCUGCUCAUCACGGAGUCUACCUAUGCCACAACCAUCCGUGACUCCAAGCGCUGCCGGGAGCGAGACUUCCUGAAGAAAGUCCAUGAGACUGUGGAGCGUGGUGGGAAGGUUCUGAUCCCUGUGUUUGCACUGGGCCGUGCACAGGAGCUCUGCAUCCUGCUGGAGACCUUCUGGGAGCGCAUGAACCUGAAGGUGCCCAUCUACUUCUCCACGGGCCUGACGGAGAAGGCCAACCACUACUACAAACUCUUCAUCACCUGGACCAACCAGAAGAUCCGGAAGACGUUUGUCCAGAGGAACAUGUUUGAGUUUAAGCACAUCAAAGCCUUUGACCGGGCAUUUGCUGACAAUCCAGGACCUAUGGUUGUGUUUGCCACACCAGGGAUGCUGCAUGCGGGCCAGUCCCUGCAGAUCUUCCGGAAAUGGGCAGGAAAUGAGAAGAACAUGGUCAUCAUGCCUGGCUACUGUGUGCAGGGCACUGUGGGCCACAAGAUCCUCAGUGGGCAGCGCAAGCUGGAGAUGGAGGGGCGACAGGUGCUGGAGGUUAAGAUGCAGGUGGAGUACAUGUCGUUCAGUGCCCACGCCGAUGCCAAGGGCAUCAUGCAGCUGGUGGGGCAGGCAGAGCCAGAGAGUGUGCUGCUGGUACAUGGCGAAGCCAAGAAGAUGGAGUUCCUGCGGCAGAAGAUCGAGCAGGAAUUCCGGGUCAGCUGCUACAUGCCAGCCAACGGCGAGACAGUGACGCUGCCCACAAGUCCCAGCAUUCCUGUGGGCAUCUCCCUGGGGCUGCUGAAGCGGGAGAUGGCGCAGGGGCUGCUUUCUGAGGCCAAAAAGCCACGGCUCUUGCAUGGCACCCUGAUCAUGAAGGACAGUAACUUCCGGCUCGUGUCCUCCGAGCAAGCCCUGAAGGAGCUGGGCCUGGCUGAGCACCAGCUGCGCUUCACCUGCCGUGUGCACCUGCAGGACACACGCAAGGAGCAGGAGAUGGCCCUGCGUGUCUACAGCCACCUCAAGAGCACCCUGAAGGACCACUGCGUGCAGCACCUCCCUGAUGGCUCUGUGACUGUGGAGUCCAUACUCAUCCAGGCUGCUGCCCACUCGGAGGACCCAGGCACCAAGGUGCUGCUGGUCUCCUGGACUUACCAGGAUGAAGAGCUAGGGAGCUUCCUCACUGCAUUGCUCAAGAAGGGUCUCCCCCAGACCCCUAGCUGACACGCUGCUCACUCAGGCCUGUGCCGUUGCUCUGCAACUGUGCCCAGCAGGACCUGGGCCCCAACCUUAGGACUGUGGCAUCUGUGCCACCAAACCCGUGGCUGGGCCACAGACCCUCUCCAGGGACAAGGACAGCCCCAUGACAGGCCAGCCCAAGCAUAACUUUGGCAGAGCAAUAAAGAGGCCUCUGGGGCCACCUCACAUUUUA